AUGGACAGUUUCCCUACAUCCCUGGUUUCGCAAGCGAGACCUCGUAGCCACCGAGCCGUGUCUGCACAAGCUUCCAACGAGUAUUGACUGAUCUCCUAUCUACUUAUCAUCAUACCAAUCACCAAUGCCGACCUGUUCUCCAAAGCGACCAAGACUAAAACAGACGAGCGUGAUGUUACAAGCAGUGUAUUUGAUUUCAUCAUCAUCGGUGGUGGAACUGCUGGAUGUCUCCUGGCCAACAGACUGUCUGCCGUAAGCGACUGGAAGGUAUUAGUCCUCGAGUCAGGUAUAGAAGAGAAUAUAGACUUCGACAUACCAGGAGUGCCGACCAAGGACUACCGUCCCAUAUUGUGGAACUUUAGGACUGAAAGGAACAACUACUCUUGUCUUUCACGACCUGGAGGAGCAUGCGAAGUGAAGACCGGAAAGGUAUUGGGUGGAUCCAGCGUGAUCAAUGACAUGAAGUAUACCAGGGGUCACAAGUUGGACUAUAACGGAUGGCACAGUACUGGAGCCAUAGAAUCUCUGGACUGGAAGUUUGAUAGUGUUUUAGAACAUUUUAAAAGUAUAGAAGACAAUGGUGACUACGAUAUCUUAAUGAACUCUCAUUACCAUUCCCGUGGUGGUGAGCUGCACGUCCAGCGAAUCAAACACGCAGACAGACCCAUUGAGAUAUUCACUGCUGGUUUCACAGAGAUGGGACUCCGGAAUUUGGACAUAAAUACCAAUGUACAAGAAGCUAUCAUUAACAACCAAUUUGCCAUAUCAAACAAUACCAGAUUGAGUUCCAAUAAUGCUUUUCUAAAGCCAGUAAGAUACAGAAAGAAUCUGAAAGUUGUAACAGGAGCAACUGUGACUAAAAUAGUUAUAAAUAAGGAGGAAAAGUCCGUGGAUGGUGUUCUUUACGAAAUUGAAAAGGGAAAAGAACAUCCAGCGUACUCAAAGAGAGAAAUCAUCCUAACAGGAGGAGCGAUCAAUAAUGUCAGGCUUCUACAUUUGUCCGGCAUUGGUCUAAAAGCUGAUUUGAAUAAACAUAACAUUACGUCAAUCAUUGAACUGCCUGUAGGCCUCAACUAUCAAGAUCAAGUGACAACAGGAGGUCUUGCGUUCGCCCUAAAUGAUAUUCCUGCAGUUACAGAAGAACAACUUGUAAAUGAUUUUAAAACUUGGUUUCAAAGUCGUACCGGAGCUUUAGCAUCCAGAGGUAUUGGUCAAAUAUCUGCUUUCAUACAAUUGUACGAAAACUUCAAUGCUCCCGACGUAGAGCUGACCUUAGAAGGUAAUUACAUAAGAAGUGAUAAAUUUAUGCUGACUAACGUAUCUGUGCAUACUUCAGAGGAAUCAACUUUACCAUUAGCCUAUUAUAAUUUAGUUAAUAUAAAUCCUGUUUUACUUAGACCUAAAAGUAAAGGAAAAGUAAUGUUAAACAAAAGAAACCCCAAAUACGGCCGGCCAAUAAUUCAAGCGAAUUUCCUCAAAGAAAGUGAAGAUUUAGAUACCUUAGUCGAUAGCAUUGAUAUAGCACUGCAGUUGCUUCAUACUAAAGAAUUCAAGAAAGCUGAAAUUAAGUUUGCACCUUUAGACCUCUUCCCAUGUGACCGACUUACUAAUAGAGAUCAGUGGAACUGUAUUGCAAGACAUUACACUAAAGCUAUGAAUAAUCCUAUUGGAACUUGCAGAAUGGGAGAAAAUAGCACUGAUUCCGUUGUAGACUAUCAAUUAAAAGUCCAUGGUAUAGAAGGUCUACGAAUAAUAGAUUCUUCAGUAAUGCCUUCACAUGUUAGAGGAGGUAUCUUUGCGCCUACGUUGAUGAUCGCUGAGAAAGGAGCCAAAAUGAUCAUUAAAGAUUGGAAAGAAAACAAGGGUCAUUAUUAUAGCAGACGGUGA